UGGCUUGUGCCAGCAUUUUGGAUUCCAAGAACCACCCCUCUCGUACGCAGAUAUGACGUCACUUAUCUCCUGGAAACGCAAGGCUGUUGGAUGACUGACGUCAUUGGCACGGAAUAACCUCGUUUAAAUUCCGAAAAUAGCCGAAACAGCAUCAUGGUGAAAUUCGUUUUCGUUAUCGGAAGGAGCCAGCGAGAGGAUAGGCAGGAACUACUGAGCAAAGUGACAGAAAACUUGGAGAAGAAACCAUCUUGUACAGUUUAAAAAAGAUUGCUCGGCUCCUGGGGUGACCGUCUGUAAACAAAUCAUUUUCUAUGAAAAGUUGGCUCAGUUAGAUUGUGCCACAGACGUGCGAUAAGUAUUCUGUGCCUGUGUUCAUAAUAUCCAGUUUUUGUGGCUAUUUACAAUCAUCGCCAAAUUCUAUUUCAAUGUGUAUGGCUAAAGUGUAUUUUGGUGAGCCAGUACUAGCCUUCAUGGAGUUCCAUUUAGACAGUGGGGAAUAUUGCCAGGCUCAACACAAAUAAAAAAACCAAAUCGAGAUACUAAAAAAAAAUAUAUUUUCAUCAUUGAGUUGACCUCCUGAAAGCCAAAAACGUUAUUUGCAAACUGAAAAGUGAAUUGAAUCAGAGAUCGCACCCCAAAUUUUCAGUUUUCAUUUUCCUCAUCUCUUCAUCAUUUAUGUGUAGAGGCAUAUCAGAAUUCUAGUUUUUUGAUUUUGUGAUUUCCAAUUGUUUUCGUAACUCAUCGAAGGACUGGAGCGGGUAUAUUUUGAGUUUUUCGGUAAAUAUACUAAGUAUUCAAUCCUCUGAACGAUUUUUAUACUGUAACUGAAACUACUACGUAAAUUCGUCUUCUAAACAUUGGUGGAAUGAGUAUAAGUGCAAAUAUGCGGCAAAUUGACAUCAGACCAUCCUCGGCUGAGAUCAACUACAAAGGAUUCAGGUUUCUCAUCACAGACAGGCCAUCGGACCAAACCAUCCAUAAUUAUAUUCAGGAGUUGAAAAAACACCAGGUUACUGCAGUGGUCAGAGUGUGCGAACCAAGUUACAAGACUGAAGAACUGAAAAAUGAAGGUAUCGAAGUCUACGAUUUGCCUUACAACGAUGGCAUGUCACCACCAAAAGAAGUAGUGGAAGGAUGGUUCAAAGUAUUAAAGAAGCAGUUCUAUGACAACCCAAACUCCUGUGUGGCAGUUCAUUGCAUCGCUGGCUUGGGAAGGGCUCCUAGCAUGGUUGCAAUAGCGUUGAUCGAACUUGGUCUCAGAUAUGAAGAAGCCGUCGAGCUCAUCAGAGAGAAACGACGAGGUGCUAUCAACGCAAAACAGCUGGCAUUUCUUGAGAAAUACCGUCCUAAGUCACGACUGAAAUUGAAAAAUGGACACAAAAACUCAUGCUGCAUACAAUAAACUCCAUAUAAAAAGCUAUAUGUGUUCAUUAAGGUAGAAUUUUGGCACAAUUAAUCAAUAUUUACUUAAGUUUGAUUUGAAUUGUAGUAAAUAUUUUCUAAACACAUGAUUCAAUUUAUUGACACAGUAUGAAAUGACUUGAAAUAUUUUAUGUAUGGCCCUAUUGAAUAUUCGUUAUUCUGACAAUUGUUCUGUUGUGAUCUAAUAAUUUUCUUAAUGUAAUUUAUUUUUAUCUUAAAUUUGAGUUUGUAAUCUAUUUAAUGCAAUCAGAUUCAACUCAAGUCACAUUUUCUGUAAAUUUCUGAAAUAUAUAUUUUAUUAUUAUGGGAA